AAUGAACACACUGGAGAAAGGCAUGGGAGAAAUAGUAGGCUUGGACCCUUCAUCCUCUCCCUUUCCGUUUUCUGCUCAGCCUGAUGGGGUUUAAAUUCUCCACCAUCACCAUCAUCAUCAUCUUGGGAGUCAGCAAAUGCCUUUGGGGAAAUUUGCACUAUGAGGCUCACUUCUCUGCAGCUCACUCUUCUCCAGGAUGUUGGCCUUUCAAUUUUGUCACCUCUUCCAACAAAGCAAGACCACUGCAAGCUCUAGGUACCCUUCACGGCAGCAAUCACCGACUAUGGCCUCUUGGGUUUGGAGAAUGCUUCCUAGGAAUGUCCGUUCCUUGACUACAUCAUCAGAGAACCAGCGGGUUGAAGAUUGUCAUCGUUACCAGGAGGCCUAUGGGUACUUCUUGCCCAUCCAGACGAGGUGGCAGGACAAUGACCAGUAUGGCCACGUGAACAAUGCCGUGUACUACAGCUACUUUGACACCAUUAUCAACCACUACCUGAUCAGGUACUGCGGCCUGAAAACCCGCUUGCUGACGUCCCCCUUGGUGGGGUUUAUGGUGACCAAUCAGUGCACCUUCCACACACCGGUCGGCUUCCCUCAGGUCCCGGUGGCUGCUCUGGCCGUGGAGAAAGUGGGCCACUCCAGUGUGCAUUACCGCCUUGCUCUGUUUCCACCCAAGCCCACCCAGGAGCCGCCCACAGCAGAUCACCGUGACCUCACUGACGGCUUUUUCUUUGGCCACCCCAAGCUGGCGCAAUUUGACACUUUGGCCUGUACCACUGGGUCCUCGGUCCACGUUUUUGUGAAUCCAGCCACCAGCAAGCCCACGGGCCUCCCAGAAGACUUCAGGAGGGGCCUCCUGAGGCUGAGGAGGCUGGCGUCCGUGUGAAGUGUCUGUGAGUGGAAUUGUGCCUGUGAAAGAAUAAAGUUGAGAUUAUUCUCUAAA